UGCUUUCCUCCAUGUGGCUCUUAUUCCUACUGCAGUUUCCUAGCUCUUUCUCCCUCUCUCUCUCCUCUCUCUCUCCUCUCUGAGUUUCGCAGCUUCCCUUUGGUGUUUGGACCUGAAAAGAUUCGUGGGUUUUUUUUCUUCAUAUGAUCGUUUUUGAUAUUUACUGCAGAAUCAAAAAAUAUGGUGGGUUUGGCUUGAAAAUAUUGACUUAGAUUUUGGGUAAGAGAUGGUUGCAGAGUCGUGGUUUCGCAAUCUGUGGAAGACUCCACGGAAGCAUGAGGCUGGUCUUGGGAAGCUGUCGAUUGGAGUGUUAGCAUUUGAAGUUGCAAGCUUGAUGUCUAAGCUGAUUCAUCUAUGGCAGUCUUUAAGCGAUAAGCAAAUUUCUAGGUUGAGAGAAGAGAUCGCAAAUUCAGUGGGGAUAAAGAAGCUUGUCUCGGAUGAGGAAAAUAUAAUCGUAGAUUUGAUAUGUGCAGAGAUGUUUGAGAAUAUGGUAUAUGUGGCAAAAUCUGUGUCCAGGCUUGCGAGUAAGUGCAGUGAUCUUAGUUUGAAGAAUUUUGAAAGUGCUUUUGAUGAUUCAAUAAAAACUGGCCUUGAUCCAUAUGGAUGGGGAUUUACAUCGAGGAAGAUGGAAAAGAAAGUGAAAAAGAUGGAAAGGUUCAUUUCUGCCAAUGCAAACUUGUAUCAGGAGAUGGAAAUUCUUGCAGAUCUAGAACAGACUUUGAGAAGAAUGAAGGGUAGUGAUGACGUAGAUGGUGUAAAUUUGCUUGAAUAUCAGAAGAAGGUUGCAUGGAAGCGGCAGGAGGUGAAGAAUCUGCGACAGAUCUCUCUGUGGAACAAGGCCUAUGAUUACACUGUUCGUCUUUUGGCUGGAUCUUUGUUAACUAUAUUCAGUAGGAUGAAACAUGUCUUUGGAAUUCAACAGAUGGAUGCUGAUGUCAGUUAUUCAGAAGACAUGAAUACUGAUUACAUCCAUCGCAGCCACUCAGUUUCUGCGUUGUUGCAGUCUUCUGUUCAUCCAUCGGAGAAUGGUCUUGCUAAAUUUGCUUCAGGUCCCCUUGGAGGUUUUAUUGCUAAAUCAGGACCAAUUCCACGAGAAAGUAAAACUAGCAGUUUCUAUUCGGGUCCUAUUGGCGGUCCAACCACAAAAUCUGGCCCUCUUUCUGGAAAGAAUAAAAAUGUCAACUUCUUUUCAGGUCCUCUUGCAAGGGGAACGACAAAAUCAGGUCCAAUUUCUGGUUCAGAAGAAAUCCGGCACAAAAAGUGGUGGAGCUAUAGCCGGUCACCCAUGAUUCAUGGGAAAAAACAUCAUUCGAAACCCAACCGACUGACCCAAGUCGGACCUUUUAAAGGAUGCAUGAUGGCUGGAAAUAGUUCUCCUGUCGCCAAUAGUUAUUUAAGUCCGAAUGUUGUGUAUUCAAGAAAUCUCAAUGGAGUCAGAGAGGUUAAUGAGGACCUUCUUGCUCCAGGAAAAACUGAGCAUUCUAAGGUAUCAAUCUUCAAUUUCAAGCGCAGGUUAUUGGAUGCUCCACCCGAAACCCUUGGCGGUGCUGCUUUAGCACUGCACUAUGCAAAUGUUAUCAUUGUAAUUGAGAAACUAGCGGCAUCGCCUCACUUGAUUGGUCUUGAUGCAAGAGAGGACUUGUACAAUAUGUUGCCCACAAGCGUGAGAGCUGCGCUUAGGGCAAAGCUGAAACCAUACAGCAAGAACUUGGCUUCAUCAGUUUCUGAUCCAGAUCUUGCGAGUGAAUGGAGCGAGGCAGUGGCAAGGAUAUUAGAAUGGCUGGCUCCACUUGCUCAUAAUAUGAUAAGAUGGCAGUCUGAGAGGAGUUUUGAGCAGCAGAGCUUGAUUUCCAGGACAAACAUUCUUCUAGCACAAACCCUUUACUUUGCAAAUCAAGAGAAGACAGAAGCAACAAUCGCCGAGCUUCUUGUUGGUCUGAAUUACGUCUGGAGAUUUAGUAGAGAAAUCAAUGCAAAAGCUCUAAGGGAGUGUGCUAGCAGUAGAAUAUAUGAUGAAUAUUUGGAUCUGGAAAAGUAAGAUUAUUUCAGUUCAUGCCAAUUUCCAGCUGAAACUAAACUCCUUUGCAACUGAAAGGCUUUAGGAGUUAUAUUGGGCAUCAGUUCCAGCCGACUUGCAAAAAUAUGAGAUUCUCAAUUCUACAUGAAAAACAUCGAAUCGUUCGCAUGGUGCCGAAGUGGAAGAGCCCUGCCUACCUAUAAUUCUUAGCAAGUUAAAGGUAUUGUUUGAGCAUCCAAGCUUCUUCUUUUUUUUCUUUUUUUUUUUCUUUUGGUGAGAAUUCCUAGCAGCCAAAAUUUGCUUCUCUAUUUUCUUCCUCUUAAAGCAUAGUUUGUAAUUGGUUCAAGCCUGAAAGGUGUACUUAUUAGCAAUACCCUAUAGUAAAUGUGUAAGUAAAUAUAAAGGCUCUCCUCCUUAGUUAAGACCUCUCAUGUUCAGGUAUGUUGUUUCAUUUUGAGUGGCAAUCUGUAUUUGAUGUUAUGAUGCUGCACUUUAUCCCACAUUGCAAUUGAAGGCUACUUCACCAAUUAUCAGAUUCAA